CUUUUGCGUCUUUUUGCGUCCAAGUUCGUCAUCAACGAGGCUGUAGAAUCAACAAGAAAGCUGGUCGAGCAACAUGCCUCUGCAGCACCAGCUCAGCGGCCUCGCGUCUUGGUCCAAGCACGCGAACGCGCUCAACCACAUCGACCACGUGACGCUCAAGCGGCCGGCGUGCGCUGGCAAGGUGGCGCCGACGCUGGUGCUACUGCCCUGCCCCGGCGUUGUUGUCGAGUACGCGCUGCACGUGUGUCUCCGCACGUCGCUCGCGCACCUCGCGGUCGCCAGCGCCAAGCCAACGAGUCGCGGCGCCCGGCGGUCCCGCGUCGACGCAUACGCGGUCACGGAGUACAUCGUGCACCGGCGCUUCUCCGAGUUCUUCAAACUCUGCGCCGAGCUCACGCGCGUUGUCUUGGCGUGCGGAAGCAGCUGCGUCUACUGCUACCAAGUGCUCUCGGUUCUCGACGACACGCUGUUUCCGCACCGAGGACCGUACUGGGUCACGCUGCGCCAGGCCCAGCUCGAGGCGUGGCUCACGACGAUUAUCUCGGUGGCGCGGGCGCAUCCUGGACAGUUUGAGUCGCGCUGCCACGGCUUCUGCACUGUGAUGCGACUGCUGGUCACCUUUUUAGAAAUCCCCGACGUCGUCGUCUAGUCGUAGUACAAGAACCAGUUGAAAUAUCCCGCAUCCAUUCUUAAGCACGUUGUCCAUUCAUUCAUUAUCUAGUCGUUGUCGCUACUCAAGCCAGCUUUGAUUACGCCGUCGCCGUCGCUUCGGCGAUCGACGGUAGCCGCGUCGAUCGCGU